AUGGUCCUCACUGCAGCCUUUGAGGGCCUACACCCCGCUGACGUGGCUGACUCCCGCGCCCGCUUUGGAAGCAAUGCCCUCCCGCCGCCGGCCACAGAGACCUUUAUGGACAAGCUGAAGGACAACUUUGACGACCCGCUCAUCCGGAUUCUCUGCUUGGCUCUGCUGGUGACGAUGGGGCUGGCGGUGCUCGGCUACGCCGACUUUGUCGAGGGCGUCGGCAUCGCUGCUGCCGUCUUUGUUGCCACCUUUGUUGCCACCUACUCUGAGUAUCGCAACGAGGCCUCGUUCCAAGCGCUGCAGGCCCAGGCGUCGCGCAUCACGGUCUCGGCCUUUCGCGCAGGUGCAGGCCUCGCUGUCAUCCCCAUCGACGACGUGGUGGUCGGCGACUACGUGCUGCUGCAGGCCGGCGAUGCUGCGCCUGCCGAUGGCGUUCUUGUCUCGGGCUCGCUCCAUGUCUCACAGCAGUCGCUCACCGGCGAGCCCGGUACCAUGCACAAGGUCGCACCGCUGUCAGACCACGCUCUCGGGAACGGUGCGCUCUCGCUGGCUCAUCCGUCGUGUGUCUUCCGCGGCUCACUAGUGACCGAGGGCGAAGCUGUUCUUCACGUUCGCGCCGUUGGUGUGGCCACUGUUUACGGGAAGGCUGCCGCCGACAUGGGCGCCGACUCUGGCCGUCUCGCCCCGCUGCAGGUCAAGCUCGGCCACCUUGCCGACAUCAUUGCCCGCCUCGGCUACAUUGGCGCUGCCGCUAUCGCCGUCUCGUUCCUCUUUAAGCAAGUCAUUAUGGACAACGGAUACUCACUGGCCGGCGCCAUGGCCUACCUCAGCACCUGGUCGGUUGCGCUCCACGACAUUGUCACCUCGCUCAUCUUGGCCAUCAUCGUGGUAGUUGUUGCUGUUCCCGAGGGUCUGCCCAUGAUGAUUGCCAUCGUCCUCUCGCUCAACAUGCGCAAGCUUCUUGCCCGCAAUGUCCUUGUUCGCAGGCUCAUCGGCAUCGAGACCGCAGGCUGCAUGGACCUGCUCCUCGUCGACAAGACCGGGACCCUCACCCACGGCACCUUUGUCCCGUGCGUUUUGCACGCACCCGACGGCGAGCCCUAUCCCUCGUAUGCCGCCCUCCCGCCCCAUCUUGCCCGCCUCACCGCCUUUACCAUCCUGCACUCGACCUCGGCAGUGGUCUCCUCCUCGGCAGGCUCGCCUGUUCCGGUCAUUGCCGGCGGAAAUCCGACCGAUCGCGCCCUGCUGCGCUUCUUGCCGGACUCGCUGCUGACUCAGGCCGCUCGUCGCGACGAGGGUGCCCGAGUCAUUGACCAAUUUUCGGCGAUCCAGCUUGCGGUCUCUGCCGAUGACCGCGCCCUCUUCCGUGGUGUGGCCGGGAGCAGUGCUGGCGGCGGCACUCCAUCGCGCACCAGCUUGUCGUCCGAGUCGAUUACGCUCAUCAAGGGCGCGUCUGAAGUCAUCGUCCUGUCCUGCACCCAUUGCUACACGCGCGCUGGAGACGUCGUUCCUUUUGAUGCUGAGCGCCGCGCUCGCCUCCUGGACGCUGUCACUGCCGCCGCUGCCGACGGCACUCGGUUUCUGGCGCUGGCUGCCACGUCGGCGGCUGUCAAGCCGCACUUUUACACCUCGUCCCCCGGCAGCUCUGACGACAAUGGUACCAGCGACACUCCGCGCUAUGCUGUUCCAUCCGGGUGUAUCCUAGUUGGCGUCGUUGGCAUGACCGAUACCCUUCGCCCCGAAGCACCGCGAGCAGUCGCGCUCGCCCAACGCGCCGGUAUCCAGGUCGUCAUGAUCACCGGCGACCGGCUAGAGACUGCUGCCGCGGUUGCGACCAAGGCCGGCCUCCUCGACGCCAACGCCAUGCCGGAGCAGCCGCUCAAAGCCCACGCUUUUGAUCCGGCUUACUCGACUAGCCCGCUGCUCACGUCUGCGCAGUUGGCGCAACUCUCGGACGCUGAGCUCACCGAGCGGCUGCCGCACCUCCGCGUCGUGGCGCGGGCGCUGCCGUCGGACAAGUCGCGUCUUGUGCGUGUUGCACAGGCGUCGCGGAGGCCUCGCCUGGUGGGGCACGCGGAGCCAGUGCCACAGCCGCGGGGACUCCGAGCCUGGCUCGCGGCGCUGCUGUUUGGUCAGGCGCCGGUGCGGCCGUCGUCGCGCGGCAUCGACGCGCUGGAAGCUGGACUGACCAGCCCCGGUGUCUUGCAGUCGCGGAGCUCGUCAGUCCGAGUCGUCGGCAUGUCUGGCGACGGCAUUAAUGACACUGCUGCGCUCAAGCUCGCCGACGUGUCGUUUGCCAUGGGCUCCGGCUCGGAAAUCGCCAAGGAGGCAUCGGACGUUGUCAUUCUCGACAACAACAUCCAAUCGAUCCUCAACGCCACCCUCUACGGGCGUACCAUCUACACCUCGAUCCUCAAGUUUAUCGUCUUUCAGUCCACCGUCAACGUGGCCUCGACCGUCAUCGUCUUCCUCGGCCCGUUCUGUGGCUUUGACUUUCCGCUCACCCUCAUCCAGCUCCUCUGGGUCAACAUGGUCAUGGACACCCUGGCAGCGCUGGCCUUUGGCGGCGAGCCUGCGCUCGAAGCGUACAUGGACGACGCGCCAAUUUCGCGGUCGGCGCCGAUUGUCACUGUUGACAUGGCGGCGUCGUUCCUGGUCAACGGCGCCUUUAUUGCUCUUGCCGCCAUUGCCUUUCUGGUCUGGGACCCAAUUGUCGAGCUGUUCUCCCGGCGGCCGCCGUCUGGGGCGUACAGCUCAGCCGGCGGUGGUGACGCGGCCACCGCCAAGGUGGAGACGCCAUCGGAGCUCGACGCCAAGGGCGGCCCGGUCUUUCUCACCGCCUUUUUCUCGUUCUUUAUCUUUGUCUGCACCCUCAAUGCUUUCAACGUCCGCGUCCCGCACAUCCGGCUCCUCGAAGCGCUCGGCGACAACAGGGGCUUUCUCGUCGUCAUUCCGCUCAUCUUUGUCGUCCAGGUCUCAUUUACGCUCUUCUUUGGCUCCCUCCUCCGUGUCGUCCCGCUCACUCUAGACGAGUGGGCCUGGGUCUUUGGCCUUGCCACGCUCAUCAUCCCAUUCGACAUGGCCCGCAAGGCGCUUCGCGGCCAGGCCGGGCUCAAGGGUUGAUCUUGCGGAGCGCCUUCAUCGUCACCUCGUAGGCCAGGAAGAGCGCGCCAUCGGCCGGGAACGCCCGCAUCAAGCACGGCAGGUAGCCCUUGUAAAACCCGCGCAGGC